AUGGCCGUUGCUAUCGCCUCAUUCUCCCACCACCACUUUCAAAGUCUCCCAAGUCUCGACGCUGCUUUGGUCAACUAUCAUAACGUAGAUGGCCCCAAGCUUGUUCGGGAGUUCUUCAAAAGGCUUUUUGUCAAGAACGGCAUGAAAUAUAUCUUCGGGUUGGCCAUGCCGCAUCGUCAUUUCGACAUCGACCCUGAGACGUUCCUGGUGAAUUACAACGGCGUGUCUACCGCGUAG